CCCAAAUGUGCUAAGUACUGGCCUGAUGAGUCAGCUAAGUACAACAACCUUACCGUCAUUUUAGAAGCUACGCAACGAUUGGCUGAUUUCACUCACCGGACAUUCAGGUUACAAGAGGAGGAGUCACAUGACAUACGUAUAGUGAGUCUGUUCCAUUUCACAGUUUGGCCAGAUUUUGGUGUGCCGAUGUAUGCCACUGCCGUUUUGUCAUUCCUCAAAUGUGUAAAAGCAAGCAAUCCACCACAUGCUGGUCCUAUGGUGGUGCACUGCAGUGCUGGUGUUGGUCGGACGGGUACAUUCAUCGUUAUCGACUCCAUGUUAGAUAUGAUCAAGGCAGAAGGAAAAGUGAAUAUUUUUGACUUUGUGAAACGAAUACGUUCACAACGUAUCAACAUGGUUCAAGUAUUGGAUCAGUACACAUUUAUCUACGAAGCAGUAUUAGAAGCUAGUUUGUGUGGGGAUACCUCUAUUUCUACAUCAGAUUACAGAAUUAAAUUGUAUAAAUUAAAACAGAUCAAUUCAAGAACAAAUCAAAAUGCAAUAUUUCAAGAAUUCCAGAAUUUAUCCGUAGUUUGUCCGGUGCCAGAACCUGACGAAUGCCAAGCUGGACAUGUUGCUGAGAACAGAGCUAAAAAUAGAUUUCCUAACAUCAUUCCAGUGGAUCAGUAUCGUCCAUAUUUGAUGAAUCAUGAAGAUUCUGAAGAUAAUUAUAUCAAUGCAUCGUUUUUAGAUGCAUACAAACAGAAGAACGCCUUUCUUGCCACUCAGAUGCCACUACCUAACACGAUAGAUCACUUCUGGAGAAUGAUCCAUAAUUACAAGUCAUGUAGUAUAGUCAUGUUGAAUGCAAUGGAUAAAACCGAUGAGUCUCUUGGUCAGUAUUGGCCAGAUGAGGGGUCAUUGGAGUUUGGUCCAUUCACAGUAGAAUUGGUAUCCAAUAGUAACUAUGGUGGUAUUAUAUGUCGGAUUUUGAAACUAUAUCCAACUGGUUACAAGGAAGGUGACAAUAUCCGUACUGUGCAGCAGUUUUUCUUGACGUGUUGGCCCCUAGGUCAUGAAGUCCCUCAGUCAAAACCUGCCGUUAUGGAUCUUGUUUCAUUGGUGGAAAAAUGGCAGCAAAAAACUGGUAAUGGUCCAAUCACAGUUCAUUGCCUGAAUGGUCUUGGUAGGAGCGGUACAUUCUGUGCCCUCUAUGCUGUGAUAGAACGGAUUAAAGUUGAACAGGUUGUAGAUGUCUUCCAGGCCGUCAAAAAACUUCGAAUAAAUCGACCUAAUAUGGUGCAAAAUUUGGACCAGUACAAUUUCUGCUAUGAUGCUGUGUUGGAGUUUCUAGACUCUUUUGAAGCCUAUGCUAAUUUCAAAUAA